AUGGCAAGCAACCUUAACCAAAGCAGCUGGUCUGCCUUCGACAACCGGGCUCAAUACCUCGAGCGCCCCGUGCAGUACCCCCAGUACCCUCCCCAAGAACCUCUUCAGCCCAUCAUCAACGGUAUCGGUCCGCAGAACCGCUCUUUCCACCCGUCUGGUAUGAGCCCGCAGCAUCAUUUCCAAGGCUGUCAGGUCUUUCAAGUGCAGGGCAACAUGACGCUCCCUUCGAUGCCUUCUCUUCUGCCAGCACGCAUGAUCCAGUCCUCCGCUGGAGGCAUGCCUCCUGUACAUCACUCUUCUGCCGAGGCUGGACCUCGGCGCUUUGAACCCGAAGCCCAUGUCCCUAGUACUAUGCCGCCCAUUCAGCGCUCCGAUGACGUGCGCCUUCGGAAUGGGGACGCUCUGCAAGUGCAGCCCGAGCCUCAAGCAAAGGAUCAGCCUGCUGAUGAUGGGCCACAGCCUGCCCAGCAUGUCUGGGAUGAGAACCCCUGUCAGCCUAGACGCGGCAGUAUUACUGGUGAUCUUACUCACUCUUCUCCUGGACCUGUGAACAGUGCCGGCCUCCCAAUCCUUUCGCCAUGGCAACAGGCCGAAAUUGACGAGUAUCUUGGAGUGAUCGGGUACUAUGGAAACCCGAUGUAUCCUGCCCUUCCAAGCAACUUCAAGCCUCGGGUGAGCAACACGAACACAGUCUUGAAGAACUCUGUCGGCAAUUCUCCGCCAGAGCCAGAGCCCCUAAUUCAAUACAGCACACCGGCUGAUAUCAAGUUGAUGCGUUCCUCGCCAAGUCACUCCGUUCGACCCAUAGCCUUGCGACGCGGCUCCAAGCAACCCGCAAAGGUGACGGUUGACACCGAGAAGGACUAUUGGCUCCCUGACGUUUGUGACGCAACGGUGAAGCGGUGCACCAGCGACGAUGAUGUAUACGACGCAACUCCUAAGGCGGUUCUUCGCCAUGCCGCCACUUCCAAGAUAUCGCCUACGAUUCAUGCUUCUGCGAACCCCAAGGGCACGGUCUCGAAGCAAAACAGCAUCCUGGAAAAGUCUGUCGGGCAGCCUCAGAAGGAACACCAUCCUCGCAGCAUCGAAGACAUCUUCGCCAGAGCUCGCAACUCGCAAAACGAAGUGUGGGCAGCCAUGUUCCGUCGCGCAGGCCCUUCCGCUGACGUGGAUGGUGCUGCGCCUGCAGAAACCAGAAAGUCAAGUGACUUAUUGAUGCAACCCAUCUUGAAUGCGGAACAGAACAUUGCCCGAGGCGCCGUGCGCGAUGCUGCUGCAAAGGCCAGUGUGCUUGAACCUAACGCCACGGCUAACCAGCAUAUGUCAAUGCCCGAAAAGAAUGGCGAACCUGCCAACGCGUCUGGCACCCCUUUCCCUGGGCCCGUUGUGUUCCCGAGUAGAGAGAGUCUCAACCGUCUCUUUGCGGCCCCCAAGACUCCCCCCGAACUCAAGCCAAGCGGCAUGUCGAAUGCCCUACUUCGUCAGUACAUUCUCGGCACCCAGGCCCGCGACCUGGCAGCCACUAAAGAGAUCGCCGCCCUGACUGAGAUUCUCAAGACAUCGGAGAAUGCUCUUCGCGCCGCCCAUGUUGAGCAUGCUGCUGCGCUUGCUCAGAAGCAGGCUCAGUUUGAUGCCUACACGCGCCAGCUAGAUCAGACUCUCUUCGGCGUCGACGGCCGCAGCGAAGACGCGCUCACGGCGCAGUUGGUCCGGUCGCUUCUCAGUGCCCUCAAAGAGAACGCCCAGCUCGGCGGCCGUGUCCCGGACCCUUGUGCUGCUGGCGACGGCGCAGAGACCAGCCGCACGCAACUCCUCAUCGAGCAGCUCACCAAACAGCUGCGACUUGCCAACCGUGAGCUCAGCGUCUCAAACGACCGGUACGAGCUCCUCAAGCAGCGCUUCGAUGACCAGGCUGCGGAAGCGGAGAAGAGGAUGACAGAAUUCGAGGAGUUUCAGGAGAGCCGGUUUUCCUCCUUCGUAGAGCGGUCGGCUGACUUUUUCAAGGAGAAGCGCCAGGUGAUCGAAGAGACACAAAGGCAGCUCAAAGAAGAGCGCCACGCGUUCGAAGAUGUCAUGGCGGCUCUCCAGCGCGAGCGCGGGGCGCACGAGGACGCCCGCCUCCAGACCAACAUGGCCGAGGUUGCGCGUCUCGCUGCUGUUGCAGAAACUGAUGAGGUCAAGGCGCGGUGCGUCAAGGCCGAGACUCGAGCUGCCAAGUGCCGCAAGGACUACGACGACAAGUGCGUCGAGAAGAAGGAGAUCUCCUGGGACCUGGAGACUGCCAAGGAUGACUUGCGCGCCCACCACGAAGAGGCCGGGCGCAUGGUCUGUCAGUUCGAAGCCGAGUUGGCCUCGACGCGGGCGGCGCUGGCCGGCGCCCGGAAGGAGCUCAAGAUGGCGCACGGGAACAUCCGGCAGCAAAAGGUGGAGGAAGCGGAGCUGCACCGCAUCUCUCUGACUGGGCUUACCAAGAAGGAUGCUCUCGUCGAAGAGCUAGCUGAAAAUGUUAUCGACUCCGACGACGACCCUAGCGAUAUGCCGGAUGGGCUCAAACUCCUCCAAAAACGGCUGCGCGAAGUCGACUCUAAAUUGCCGCACACCUGCUACCCUCCAGCUGAGCUUGCCGCAUACAACUUUGUCAGGGCGAGUUCGUUGAAGGACCGGAACGCAAGUGAUGCAGAUUCCGAGUGGUCGCCAACCAUUGGCCAAGUUAAGCACGUGAGCCCUCUCAUAUCUCUAGUUGACUCGGAGGACACGAAGCAACUGAUUUAG